AUGGAGGAGGAGCUUGCCGAACACUUAAAACAACUAGCUGAACAGUUCCAUGGCCUUCCUCCAGUUAAGUGCCGUCAACUGGCAUUUGAAUAUGCAGAGAAAAACAAUAUCCCUAUCCCUGCCAAUUGGACAAAAGCACAUUCUGCAGGUAGGCUAGGGUAUGAAAGAGAUCACAUGAUUUUGUAGGUUACCUAAGGCCAACUGAUCUUGCCACAAAGCUAAUUCUUAUAAUAAUGAAUCCUCUACUCUAGGCGGAGAUUGGUUUGGCAGAUUCCUAGUAAGUCGCCAUCUCUCUGUCCGAACUCCACAGGCAACAUCCCUGGGAAGGGCUACAGCCUUCAAUAAAACUACAGUCGGGGAGUUUUUUGACAAUCUGGCUGCAGUGAUGGACAGGUGACAAAAUUAAUUCUUAGCUGAAAAUAUUCUAUGGAGGCUCUACGUGUAAGAUUUGGUUUUAAUUCUGAUACGGUUCUUCCCUUGCAUCUCAUCUUUUACAGGCAUACAUUCCCGCCACACAUGAUCUACAAUGUAGAUGAAACAGGCGUCUUUACAGUACAAAAGCCACAGCAGGUACGCUACAUAUGAUACAUUAGAGAGCACCAGACUGAUACUGAGUGGUUUGUUAUAAUGACUAGCUAGCUAUUGACAGAAUGAUUAAAUUAAUGCUAUUAGUAAUGUUGUGAACCUGUGAACUGGAAAAAAAGGAAUUGACUGAAAAGAUAUACAAUGUACCUUUAGACCAGUAGUAGCCUACUGAUUGCACAUGCCAUUGAUUCUUAACUUUCUAUUUAAUUCAGGUUGUGACACAGAAAGGAAAAAAGCAAGUUGGUUCUGUCACAUCGGCUGAGAGAGGAGAACUGGUGACUGUGGUGUGUGCAGUAAAUGCUGGGAAUGCCACACUUCCCAUGUUUAUCUUUCCCAGAGUUAAGUUUUAAGACUGUUUCAUGAUAGGAGCACCUCUAGGAGCCAAAGGUACCUCAACCAGAACGGGAUGGUAAAAUGAAGACACCUGGGCUGAGUUCCUCGAUCACCUGAUACACCACACUAACUGCACCCCUGACCGUCCCAUACUGCUAAUCCUGGAUAAUCUUAAAGCUCACAUCUCACUUAAGGCAGUGGAAAUAGCCACGAGCAAUGGUAUUGUUCUGCUCACCCUCCCACCACACACAUCACAUCGCAUGCAGCCUCUUGACGUGACUGUGUUUGGCCCAUUCAAGACCCAAUACAGCCGAGCUUCUGAUGGGUGGAUGAGAACUAACCCUGGCAAAACAGUCUCCAUCUACCAGAUUGCAGGACUUGUGAAUGAGGCCUUCAUAUCAGCAGUGACACCUCUGGAUUUAGGUCAACUGGGAUUUUCCCAUAUAACCGAGAGAUUUUUCCUGAUGACGCUUUUGCACCAUCCAUGGUGUCAGACUGGCCAAACCCUGAGCUGCAGCCUGCCCCUGCAGAUGAUCCAGAUGGUCCACCCUCUGCAGAUGAUCCAACCCCUGCAGAGGAUUUGGAUGGUCCACCCACUGAAGAUGAAUCACCUGAUGCAGAUAAUUCACUCGAUGAUGCAAAUCGAUCCAUUGCUUUUGGUCCACAUGAUUGUGCCUCGCCUGGAUAUGUGUCUCCUCGGGAAAUCCUACCACUUCCCAAAUGUCCCCCCAGAACACAAACCAAACAAAAGCGUGUGAAGACAGCCAUCCUAACAGAUACUCCUGAUCUUUUAGGAAAUACAUAGCUGCCCUGAAGAAAAGACGCCUUUGUCUUCUUGCAUGGCGGCGCUCUAUGGUUUUCAGCCUACACUAGACAGAACUACCUGAUGGUUUCUGAAAUUAUCAUUGUACAUGAUAAUAAUGUAGUCGGGAAAUGAUGCAUUUGCCAAGGAAUAACCUAACAAGGUCAUAAUAAUUAUGUUGUGUGUUGGUCAUUUUGCAGCCCUAUGCUGCUCAUCACACGCCCAGCAGGUGGUGUAUAACAUUAUCACCAUGGAUACACAGGUGUUUGUGUUAUUUUUUUCAUCCACUGCCGCUCGGUUUGUGUCGUGUAGUUGUUGAUUAUGAAAACACGAUAAUUUGGAAACAUGAAGGGGGAGCUGCUGCUGCCCGGUGUUUACAGUACGUAGACGCAAACACCCACCAAGCGGACGCUUCGGUCUCCGAAAACGCCGAGACAAAUUUACAAAAUGCCACUAUUUCAAACAACUGGGCUCAUAAUCGUGAUGUAAACACUUACUUUCUCGCUAGAAAAAAUAUUAUUACUGAAUUAAUUUAUAUAAUUUGUCCGGAAUGCAGUCGUUCUGUGUAGCUUGUGGUAGGACUAUUUAAAUUUUCCCGGCGCUGCAUCCGGCCGGCACGAAAUGCAUUCUGGGGUAUUUAGUAUGCAUCUGUAUGUAAACGCUCGGGCAGGCAACAUACUCAAAUCAUCUUUGAGUAUUCAGUAUGCAGUAUGUACUGUUUGAGUAGGUAAGUAGACAGUAGGCAGUAUGCCAUUUCGGACACAGCCAGUGUGUCCCAUUUCACAAAAACCAUACCAUCUCACUUAGGGUACUCAAGUCCACAUAACGGCAGUGCGCCCUGAUGCGGUCUCUGAAAUGAGACCAUAGACUGUAUAUAAGAUGGACAACUUGGUUCCGCCUACUGCCUGUAUACGGAUUUGAAGCCAAAAAGCUCUUGGUAUUUCCGGGAUUUUUCUUCAUUUCCUGAAACCAGCGCUGUGCAGUAGCGAUGCGCGCAUUCGGCCGCGCAGUCGCCGAGAGUCGCUGUGAUGAUGCUCAGCUCAAACAGCGUAUCCCCGCGGGUGAGCUACGCAAUCCCUGAACACCCAUAGGCUGUAUCAAGUGUCAAUCAUAGAAAACAUGAACCCCCUAAUAACUUUUAAAAACGGAGCUGCACAGGAAAAAGAGGACUUGAGCACAAACCAGUCCUACAAUAACAACAUGUCAACAUCACAAGCAGGGGGGAGAAAAAUUUAUGUUCUGUGUAAUAAAUUUCUAAAGUUUGUCCACAGCCCCAUAAGCUUCGCUGGCGGAGGUGGGAUUUAUGACCUGUACUGCAGCCCAUCAACAGAGGGUGCUGUUCUCGAAGUGGCGUCACCCAGCGAGGAGGCAGACUCUGUCCAUUCUAUAUACAAUCUAUGGCUGUGUCUCAUUUCAGAGACCGCAUCGGGAUAAGCGCGCUUAACGGCGCUUAGCUGAUGGCACUGCCGUUAUGUGCCAUUAUGUGCCGUUAAGUACCCUUCCUGUGUCCCAUUUCAGAGACCGCAACCGUCGAACGGUGCAUUUGAAGCGUGUGUGAGGUCAUUAUGCGGCACGAACUGUGUCCCAUUUGGCACAAAAUACUAAGCGCGCUUUAAAUUCGGUCUCAAAACCACACUAUCUCCGCCCCUUUUUCAAGCGUGUAUUUAUGCACGCUUUCGUGCCAUCGGUAUCCCAGAAUUCUUUGCGUGCCACUGCACAGCUUCGCAUUUCGGGUGAGAGGCUGGACUCGCUUGGAGACGCAGCGCGACUUCAAAGAAAAUACAAGAAAUCCAAAAACAGCAGACAGUCAGCUCAGGCUGUAUGAGAGCAUGAUCUCUUAACCCACUAAAAUCUGUAAACCAAACAUUAUAGUCUUUAGAAAAGAACUGAACCGCUCUGCUACAACAAUCAAAAACAUUAGAAAUAAGAAAGCUGACAAAACUACAGCAGAGGAUCAGGACAACAUUGAGUUUUUUUUUUUUUUUUUAAGAUUUAGAGAUUAAAGUUGUAAAUUUAGGAGAAUAAAGUCAUAAAGGAAAUAUAGUCAUAAAGCUGCUUUUGUGGAGGGGGAAAUGACCGAAGCUGGUCAUCUGCAGGGUUAUCUGUGGAUGUAUCAGCGGGUCAUUCAGAGAGUUUUUGUGGUUUAUUAAGAAACAAUCAAACUGAUGAUCAACAUUUGUGAUCCAAGAGGAAGUCGAGCUCAGACGAGCACCACGUCUCUGACACCGACGGUAACCUACACCUGCAGAGACACCAACACUUUAUUAUGGCAUAUGGAUUCAUAUCAUAAAUUAAAGCUCAAUGUCAUUCACGGAUGUUUACGGCUGCAUUGACAGAUAUAUCCGCAGUAUAUCCAUUUUUGCCUCCACAAAAGCAGCGAUUUCCUUCUAGUACACCUGGGGGGUAUUCCAGAGAGCGGGUUAUGUGAAAAACUCUGAGUAAGUUAACCCUAAGAUGAGGGAAACUCUGAGUUAUCCGUUUCAGAAAGAGAGGUAACUUAAACACUGGGUCAGUUACUGUGGUAACUUACUCUGUGAACAUAACCUGUUCGCUGACAGGUUUACUAUAAGAGACCCAGAGUUUCUACAUGUCUCCUCCCACACAAAGAAAGCGGUUGAACAUGGAUUGUCCAUUCCUUGAAAAUCCAAUCGACAUCGAAGUGAGAAUAAUGCGCAACGGUUUAUGUCGCGAGAGAAUCUUCCGACCCAGAUUAGACGUUUUAUCAUUUCCAGAAGAAUUUCUUUUCAAACGCUACCGCUUUUCUUUGAACAGUAUAAUUUAUCUAAAUAACCUUCUCCGGCCGUAUAUCACCAAUCUCACACACCGCGGAUGAGCACUCACAUCAGAGCAAACUUUAUGCAUAGCACUACGUUUUUUUUGCAAACGGCAGUUUUCUUUACAAUAUCAGGGAUGCAGAGCACUAUGGGAAGGCAACAGUGUGCAGAGCAGUGAGGAAGGUAACCCUUGCACUGAAACGCCUGUUACCUGUGAUGGUGGUGUUCCCCGGACACAAACCUCUUCGAACCAUCAAAGAGGAAUUCUACAGGAUUGCAGGUGACGUGAUGUAGAAAUCAUAUAUUCUGUUAUUUUAAAUGAUGAUAUAGGCCUACAUUCUGCUGCGGCCUCAGAGUGGGAUCAGUAGCUUAAUUAUCUGUCAUUUUGCAGGCCUUCCUAAUGUGAUAGGCUGCAUAGACGGGACACAAAUCCCUAUCACUGCGCCAACUCAAAAUGAAGGGGACUAUGUAAAUAGAAAAUCCUUUCAUAGCAUCAAUGUCCAGGUAUGUGACCUACCAUCUUAAAAAAACUAUACAUGAAAACAUUUACAUUACAACUAACUCAUGUCAUUCUGCACUGUAAAGAUCAUAUGUGAUGCAGCAUCCAUUAUUACAAAUGUGGAGGCGAAGUGGCCUGGCUCGGUGCAUGAUUCCCGGAUCUACCUGGAGUGUAGUCUGAGCAACAGAUUUGCACGUGGUAAGGAAGCUAAAGCUUUGUACAGAUGUUCUUUGUCUCCCUUUUUUAAUGCACUCAAAUGUGUCCUCUAUAUUUACAGGAGAGUUUGAUGGCUACCUGCUGGGGGAUCGAGGCUAUCCAUGCCAGCCCUCUCUGUUGACCCCUUACCCUGACCCUGAGCCAGGGCCCCAACAACGUUUUAAUGUGGCCCACUGCAGGACUAGAGCCCGGGUUGAGAUGACUGUAGGCAUACUCAAAUCCCGGUUCCAGUGCCUGCUUAAGCUCAGGGUCACCCCAGAGAGGGCAUGUGACAUCAUUGUGGCAUGUGUUGUUCUCCAUAAUAUUGCCAUUUUUAGAGGAGAGCAACACCCUGCCAUACAAAUCAAUGACCCCGAGGUUGAGCAUCCCAUCCUGACUGAUGAGGAUGGAAGGGCGGUUAGGGACCUAAUCGCCCAAAAUCAUUUUUGAUUUAAAAAAUAAAAACAAAUGCAUAUGUGAUUUGGUUCUUCUUUAUUCCCUAAGAGUACAAAAGCAACAGUCAGGAUUUGUAAUGUAGUUCCAACCAUUAACAUAUUUCACAUAUUCACCAUGACAAUGCACCCACCUCAACUGGCGUUCCAGUAAUCGAAUUUCCAGCUCUGUUUUAGCAAUCUGCCGCUCCAGAUAGACCAUUUCUUUUUGGGUUUUUUUUAUACUUGUCAUAAGGUGCACCUUGUAUAACUCCUUAACCGGGAGCUGGGAAACAUGGACGACAUUUAAUUCCUUUAGUUCUACAUACAGAUUUAACAUGUUAUUGACCGAAAAUCUCACUUUGACAAGCUGUGCCGCUGAGGUUGAUGGACCCUCCUCCUGGUGAUGCCCAGCCAUGUUCUGUUGAAGGACAAGAAUGAGUUAGUUUGUCCAUUAUUUAUGCUCAUCUAUUCAGUGUACAUGUCAAACUCCAAAUUCCACUUUAGAAUGUAAAUGAAUGGGCACUGCCAGUAGCUAUAUAUUAAGACACACUUCAGGAAGCCCCUCUGGAUCUCUCCCUGUGGCAGCAGACAGUGUUUCUUCAUCCUCCUCCUCCUCCUCCUCCUCCUGUAAUGCAGGAAAAUAUACUGUUUCAGAAUACUUUGAACUACCAUCUGAGGCAUCUGAGUAUGGAAGACUUACAGCUACAGGGUUUGUUUCUGUCGGAGGCUGAAGCAGGCAGAUGACACCAUCCACAACUGUUGGGUGGGUGGAUAUAUAUUUGUUAAAAAGUAGGCUAUAUAUAUUUAUAUAUUACUUUUAUUUUUUUAAAAGACAUAAGUGUAUACUUGCAUUUGAUGUAGGGACUUGGGGGGUGACAGGUUCAGAUCAUAGACUGUAUAUAAGAUGGACACCGUGGUUCCGCCUUCCGCCUGUAUACGGAUUUGAAGCCAAAAAGCUCUCGGUAAUUCCGGGUUUUUCUCCACUUCCUUGAAACCAGAGCUGUGCAGUAGCGUUGUGCGCAUUCGGCCGCGCAGUCGCCGAGAGUCCCUGUGAUGACGCUCGGGUCAAACAGCGUAUUCCCCCGGAAGAGCUACGCAAUCCCUGAACGCCCAUAGGCUGUACCAGGUGUCAAUCAUAGAAAGCAUGAACCCCCUAAUAACUUUAAAAACGGAGCUGUACAGAAAAAAAAGGACUUGGGCACAAACCAGUCUUACUGUAACUAUAUGUCAACAUCACAACCAGGGGGGAGAAAAAAUUAUGUUCUGUGUAAUAAAUUUCUAAAGUUUGUCCACAGUCCCAUAAGCUUUGCUGGCGGAGGCGGGAUUUAUGACCUGUACUGCAGCCCACCAUCAGAGGGUGCUGUUCUCGGAGUGGCUUCACCCAGCGAGGAGGCAGACUCUGUCCAUCUUAUAUACAGUCUAUGGUUCAGAUGAGCUUCCCCAGGGGAUGCCUUCAGCCACAGGGCGACCCCUGUUUUGGCUGAGGGCCAGCUCCUCAGCCUCCGUCAGAGGUGGUGGAGGUGGCCCUCCACCCGUUUUUCGGGCCUCUGCCUUCUUUCUGUUGGCUGAGCAGAAGUCAAUGUUUAUUUUAAAAUAGUAUUUUAAUCAGUGUUGGUGUAGGCUACAGUGUCACAUUUUAAAUGACUUUAAUAGGUCUAAAAUAUAAAUGUGUUUGUAUCAAGUGUUAAUCCACGAAGUGUAGAAUUAAGUGAGAGGACGUUGAAAAACAACAUUUUGUUUGGGGUUUAAAUUAUUAUUUGAAGUAGCCGCUGAAUUAAUAUUGUAGUUUAAAUUAAUAUUGACUCUGUCUAAUAGCCUAAGUCCAUUUUAAAAAAUUAAAUUAAAAUCAAAGUGAGUUGCAAUCACAGCCUUGCAAAAUAUGCCAUACCUUUUUGAAUUAUGUUUUUAUGCUUCAUUUUGAGCUGCUUCCAAGUCCUUUUUUCUCCCGUUGGAUUGCACCUAAAUGAAAAUCAGAUUUCAUUCCUACUUAUAUUCAUAACUAUAGACUAUGCUUCGAUCUUAUAUGUUACGUCAAUGGAGUAGUACAUUCAAACUUACGCAUUGACUCGCGCAGCAAUUUUCUCCCAUGCCGUCUCUCUCUCCUUCGCUGCUGCAGCCGUGUUGGAUUUGCGGCGAAAAAUGUUCUCAUGCUCGCCGUAGGCCAGCAUAAGGACCUCCAACUCCACCGGGGUGAAAUAAGUUGAGCGUUUUUUCUCAGUUGACAUGGUGACUUGUGGUAUCGGGGCUCCAUUGAUGAUGGCUUUUUAUAGUGGUUGUGCACGCGCGUAACUCCAGGUUAUCAUACUCAGAGUUGAUUGAACUAAUUCAGAUCAGCUGUUCUGGAACCGGAUACUCAGAGUCUCCCAUCUCAGAGUAAGUCAACUCAGAGUUCAGGGAUAGACUCAGAGUAUGUUGAACCUGCUUUCUGGAAUACCCCCCUGUUUUUUUUUCCCCGUGGAAAAGACGUAUUUCUCAUAUAUUCUUUUUUAAGUCUUUAUACUUAUGACAAUGUGAUGCUGAUGUGCCAGAGAAUGAAGUAUCUCCUUGUUUGUGAAACCUAUACUGAAGCACAGUUACUUUAAAUGCUUCAUGGCCCUAAUUUUAACAAGUCUCCUCUGAAAUAACAGGUUAUGACUUUAUUGCCAUAAAUUAAUGCCUUUAUUCUCAUAAAUUCACAACUUAAAUCUCGAAGUCUUUAAAAAAAAUUCUCAAUACGGCCCUCAUAGUCCUUCAUACACAACAAUCAGUGGAUGAAUUUUGUGGGAAUGAUCUGUGCUUAUAUGUAUCUACUAUUUUGUGUCUGUGCAAGGUCGCACAAUUAAAAAAUAAAUGCUGCGCUCCGUGGCUUUUCUUCAAGGCAGUCGUGACGCGAGCCUGACGGACCAUCUCACCCCUCUGGUUGGGUCGCCAAAUGUCCCCGCCCUCAGGCCCGCGUCACAGCUGACUUGAAUAAAACCCGCGGAUCGCAGCAGGUGCAGGUGUUAACAAGCGCAUGUGACAACUUCCAGACAAUGGAAGUCUUGAGCAUAUGGCAAAUGGCUUUUGCGAUCAUUGAAGAGGAGACGCUGCGCCGCCGAGUAAGGCGGUGACGGAGGCACCUUGUAUAUUUUUUGAUGAGAAUGCGCGCCGAAAGUGGAGAGGUUAACCUGUUAUUUUAUCUGGCAUUCAUCAGCCACACAAUAGUUGUGCCAUUGUCACUCCCUGUGUAUCACGUGAAUUCCCCCUUUAAUUCACAACAGUGCAUGUCAUGGAAAUCUUCAUAGGUAUCAAAAAAUAUUAUUUCGUUUACUAACAUCAGCUGAAAAGCCAACAUUGGCUGUUAGUACAUGAGGCAUUAACCUGCACAAUUCACAAUCAUUGCAAGCGACAUCCAUGCCAUGACUGUUCUUUCUCCUGCUUUGUUCCUAACUCAGACCGGACCCCUGAACUGCAGGUUAAAUACGGGGGUUCCGGUCCUCCAACGGUUUUUCGCCAGCGACGACACCAGGGAGGACUUCAGGCUGAGCAGAGAGUCCCUGGCAGUGCUGCUGGGCCUCCUCCAUCAGGAGCGGAGGCAUGGAUGGGGCGCCACAAUAGAGACUCUGGUUCUCCUUUUUUGGCUGGCCAGUGGGGCAUCAUACCGGGUGGUCUCAAGGGUGUUUGGGAUGCCCCGCUCCACUGUCCACCGCAUCGUCCACCGAGUUACGGAGGAGGUAGGGGCCAUUCGCCACAGGGUCAUCUACCUCCCAAGGUCCGCUGACGACCUGGCGGCCGUAACUCAGGGGUUUGCAGGGCUGGCUAGGCACCGUGCUUUUCUCAAAGCUGCCGGUGCAAUCGACGGCUGCCAUGUACGAAUUAAGUCACCAAGCGGUCCUGAUGGUCACUGUUACAUUAACAGGAUACUGUUUGCGUCCAUCAUUUUGCAAGCAGUCUGUGACCAUCAGGGCCGCUUUAUUGAUACCUACUUGGGCUGGCCGGGGUCUGUGCAUGACGCCAGAGUACUCCGGCACAGCCCACUGUACAGGCAGAAUGUCUACCCUCCUCCAGGGCAUUUCAUUCUCGCAGACAGCAGGUACCCGUGCCUCCAGCACCCACUCCCCCUCAUCACUCCCUACAGGCUGCCGGUGCGAGGUGUGGUGGCCCAGCGCUUUAACGGGCAUCAUGCCAGGGCACGCUCUGUAAUUGAGCGUGCCUUUGGCAUGAUGAAGACCCGCUUCCGUGCCAUCUUUUUAAAAGCGCUGGAGAUCCGCCACACCUUCGUGCCACAGGUACAUCAUCACUGCACACAAUAUUUUUGUUAUACUUGAGUAUAUAUUAAUUAAUUAAUUAAAUAAAUAAAAACACGAAAACUUAUGAUAUAUUAUUUAACUUAUAUUGUUAUAUUUUUUUAUUUAUUAAAAGGUCUAUAUACUUUAUGUUCAUAUAAAUAUUCCUCUUAAAUUCAGGUCAUCACUUGUGACGCUUGUGCCGUCCUGCAUAAUAUCUGCCUGGGUGCCUGUGACACCAUGGCACCGGAGGAAGAUGUGCAGGACGGCAUGCCGGGGGGAUGA